AUGAGGAUUGCAUUUUUUGCGCUUUUUGCGCAACUUAGUUGUAUUUUAGUUUAUUCAAUAGCAGAAAGGGAUUUCAUGUCAUUAGAUGAAAUAUAUGAAGGAGGCGAUAUAAGUUUUGAUCAUGAAAAACUCGAAUUUAACGAAUAUAAUCAAGUUUUACAAAUGCUUGAAAAGGCAAAAAAAUUGGGAACCGGCUUUGUUGAUAGAACCAAAGAUUUUUCUAAUAGACGAUAUGAAGGGAGAAUUGAGUUAAAUCAUUUGGGGAGACGCCCAGGAGUCGACUAUUUUAGGAAAGGUGGGGAUGUUUUUACUGAUGGUUAUCCUCGUGGAGGUCAUUUGAUCGAGGAUGAGUUGUCCGAAGAGGUGGCAAUG